AGAUUGGUUUAGCUACCCUAGUAAUUUGGUUUGGAAAUAAAAUAACUUUAAAGAAAGAAAAUUUAAAAUUGUAUUGGUCUUAAUGCCAGUUAUUAUAGUAAUACUAAUAGAUGGCUGUCAUGGAGAGAGGAGCAUCUUUGAUCUUAAUUGCUUCCUGUUUUGUUAGUUUUUUGUCAGUUUCUCAGCAGUGCAAUGAAGCAGUGUGUGGAUCAAUUGUAAGCAAAUGUAUGCUAACUCAGUCCUGUAAGUGUGAGAAGGCAAAUUCAACUUGCAGUCGGAAUUGUUUCCUGUGUCUAGAUGAUUUGUAUAUAGAAUGUUGCUCCUGUGUUGGGCUGUGUCCCAAGCCCAACGACACAGACACAGACAUGAGUAAAAAAUCUCAUGUAGAAGAUCUGUCUGAACCAAUUCCAGUACUUUUUACAGUCUUAACUGAAAAGGAAGACCACAAGUUUCGGUGGAUUUCCUACACAUUUCCAGCUCACUUAUCAUUCAUUACUCUAGCUGAAACAAAUGACAUCAAAGUUUCUUCUGUGUGGGUGGAUAAUGAAGUAGAUUUUGAGGAACAAGAGAUAAACUGCACUGUUGCCUACAUGUCCCAGUGUACAUCAUGGAACAAGUGUAAAAACUCUUGUAGAUCCAUGGGAGCAGCCAGCUAUCGAUGGUUCCACGAUGGUUGUUGUGAAUGCAUUGGAUCCACUUGCAUUAAUUAUGGCAUUAAUGAAAGCAGAUGUUACAAAUGUCCUGUUGAGAAGGAGGAAGUGAGCGAAGAAGAAAAUGAGGUAGUAAAGACACAUACAAAAAUGUUUGGUGGCUCAGGAGAAAAGCAGUUUGGCAAACUUGAGAUAACAGAUACUGGAAAAAAGAAUUAUCAAGAACUUGAAUCAUAGGCUCAGUUUGAAAUUGACCAAAUAUCCCACAUGUUAAAAAAAUGCCUAAUAGAAAUUUUAGUUUUUAUGAGUCACUGUUGUCCGUGAGAGAAGCUUGGUAAAGCAGUAACUGACAAAGAUUCUAUUGUACUCAAAUUUUACAUGGAUUUAUUGCUUAACUAGCAAGAGCCACAACAACAACAAAAAGUAACAUUUUAUACGUACAUAUAUAUUUGUGUGUGUGUGUAGCAAAAUCUUAUCUUCUGUAAAUGUACAGAAUUUAAUCAAAUUUGUUAUAUCAUUAAAAAAAAUCUUUUUCUAACUUUUUCUUUAGCUCAGGGCAUAACCUAAGUUUGUAUUUGAUUAUUUUUUUCUUAUCUCCUUACUCUAUAUUGAUGAAAUUGGCCGAGUGUUUGGUAAGGUGCACACUCUGAUUAAAUUAGCUUUCUCCUUAGUAUAUUUCACCUCUAGGAUAAGGUACCUGUUAAUAGUUAUUGUUGAUAGCUUUAGUGAUUUUUAUGAUGUAUGAUACAGAAUAUAAAAUCUUGAUUUUAAUGCCCUCAUAUUUCAGGUUCAGUGAGUAUUUUUUUUUCCUAACUGUAAGUAAUAUGGUUGCAAAAAUCAACUGAUAUCUCAUGAUUGUUCAGGUGGCCUUUGUUAUUUUAAGUUGGUUCAUGCAUGUAUAAAAAUCAACUGAUAUCUCAUGAUUGUUCAGGUGGCCUUUGUUAUUUUCAGUUGGUUCAUGCAUGUAUUGGACAUUUUUUAUUGCAACACCAUGUUUGAAAUUAUAGGUAUUAUAUAGUUAUCAUUUUAGGCCAACCGAAGCAAUUUAUGUAUGUGUAUAUGCAAAACCACGUAAAGAAGAUUUAUAAAAAGUAUGAUUUGUAUAACAAGUUGUAAAACUUGUAUGCUAUGCUAUUUUUAUACAUUUUAUCAUUUAUCAUCUUCACUUAACCCAUUUCUUGUUUAUAAUUUAUAAGCUUCACUAAACACAUCCUAACAAGGCAUGUUUUGAAACUUGUGUGUACUUCUUUCGUUUAAAAGUUUUUGUUUUUUUUCCAUUGUUACUAAGUUUAUUAUUAAUUGGCAUGUUUGGUACUUAAAUAUUUUGUUACUUUGUUUAUUUAACAGUUUAUAUUAUUCAUUAAAUUAAAUUAAGUAAAAUUACAUCUAACAAGCCUAACACUUAAAGGAAAGUAUACAGACAGGAAGAUAGAAUUGAAAAUAGUGUUAAAACUUCGAGUUAAAAGAUCUCAUGUAUGGAAUGAGUGCAAACCAAAUCAAAAUGAAUUAUUGGCUAAUAAAUAGAAUAAAAAGAAACAUUUCAUUUUUAAAUUACAUUAAAAUGAUAUGAAUACAGAGGUUUUUAAUGGCAGUGUUUUUUUUUCUCUUGA